CGCCGCUAUAUUAUAAGAAGAAGACGAAGAAGAGGCUUUUCCUGCAUGCGAUGUGACGACGUUUUGUUGAUAUUACAUUGAUUUUCGUUCUCCUUUAUAUCGAUAAGAUCAAUUUAACAAUCACCAUUUACCGCAAAAUAUCGUAAAUAUACUACAUAUGUUGUCAUGUAGAUAGAAAGUAAAAGAGAGAGCGUACUUAGCGCAUAGCUAACGUAAACAACUUGCGCAAUAGGAGUUUAAGUCGCUUUAAAAUAACAGUUUCGUUCAUUAAAGGAGAAACAUGGCCGAGUCUAGAGAGAAAGCUGUGUGUUUGAGGUCUGAUGUUACUACAGUCGCUGUCAGGAAUCCUGUGGAGGAGAGCAAAAAACCCAAGAGGAAGAUUCUCGAUGAAGAACAGUAUAUAGAGAGUUUGGAGAAGAUCAUCCAGAGGGACUUUUUUCCUGAUGUCUCCAAACUUCAAGCGCAGAAGGAUUAUCUGGAGGCGGAGGAGAACGGAGAUCUGGAGCGGAUGAGGGAGAUCGCCAUCAAAUACGGCUCUGCCAUGGCCAAAUACACACCACGCACUUAUGUGCCCCAUGUGACACCUUCAACAUUUGAGACUCCUGAUGGCCGAAGUGCAUCUCCUUCAUCUUCACAGAGUAAAAGCAGAGCAGCCAGAGAAGAUGGAAAAGAUGGUGAAAAGGCAUCAGAGAAGGAUCUUCCGUCCUUGGAUAGAUUUCUUUCUAAAAACACGAGUGAGGAUAACGCCUCCUUUGAGCAGAUAAUGGAGCUUGCGGAGGACAAGGACAAACUGCGGCACGCGUGGCUUUAUGAGGCUGAAAAUGAAUACAAAGAGAGACACGAGCAGAACCUGGCUCUGCCAUCCUCGGAGAAACAGGCUCUGGAGUGCACCAAAGCAGGACUGGAAACAUGGCAGUACAAGGCCAAAAAUUCACUGAUGUAUUAUCCUGAAGGUGAGAAGGACGACACACUCUUCAAAAAGCCACGGGAGGUUUUGUACAAGAACACACGGUUUGAGGACGACCCUUUCUGUAAAGCCCUGAACAAAUCCCAGAUCCAGCAAGCUGCUGCGCUCAAUGCACAGUUUAAACAAGGUAAAGUCGGUCCAGACGGGAAAGAGCUUCUUCCUCAUGAAUCCCCCAAAGUGAAUGGUUACGGAUAUGAGGGCGCACCGUCACCCGCUCCUGGUGUUGCAGAGUCUCCUUUAAUGACGUGGGGUGAGAUUGAAAGCACCCCGUUUCGUCUGGAGGGCUCAGAUACUCCUCUUGUGGAGAGAAGCCACGGUCCAUCAUUCAAGAUUCCAGAGCCGGGCAGAAGAGAGCGUUUGGGGCUGAAAAUGGCCAAUGAGGCUGCAGCCAAAAACCGAGCGAAGAAACAGGAGGCGCUGCGUAAAGUCACUGAAAACCUCGCCAGCCUCACACCGAAAGGAUUGAGCCCCGCAGCCCUGUCUCCUGCUCUCCAGCGUCUGGUAAACAGAUCGUCCAGCAAAUACACAGAUAAAGCGCUGCGGGCGAGCUACACGCCGUCUCCUGCGCACAGAAGCCUCGGCGCCAAAACUCCAUCUGGAGGCCUGACGACUCUCACACCCACACCCACAAAAACACGCACACCGGCCAGCCAAGACCCGGCCUCCAUCACAGACAACCUGCUGCAGCUGCCCAAGCGGAGGAAAGCCCAGGAUUACUUCUGAAAACACACUGGAACGUGGCCUGUGCACUGUAUUUAUUAUCAUUUUUUUAAUUACGUUUAUUUUAAAAAAUGUGAAAACGAUUGAAUAAUGAUCGUUUCAGACAGGAGUUUUGUCAGUAACACUUUACAAUAAGGUUGUAUUAGUUACUGCAUUUUCUAACAUGAACAGCAAGACAAUUAUUACAGUAUUUGUAUUCAGUUGUUAGUUCAUGUUAACCUACAAUAACUAAUGUUAACAUUAAUGCGUUGGUAAAUGCCGAGCGAUGAUUAAUAAAUGCUGUACAAGUAUCGUUCGUAAUUAGUUCAUGUUAGUAAAUACAAAACUAAUGAAACCUUACUGUAAAGUGUGACGAUUUUAAAACCUGCAGGUUUUUGGGGUCAGACUUUACAAUAAGGUUUCAUUAGUUAAUGUAUUUACUAACAUGAAAAAUACAGCAUUUAUUAAUCAUAGUUCAACAUUUACUAAUGCAUAAUUUAAAUGCUUGUUAACGUUAGUCACUGUAAAUUAACAUGAACAACUUGACUUAGCAUGAUUAAAUAAUGUAAUAAAUGCAUUGUUCAUUACGUGUUGAUGUUAGUAAACACAUUAACGACUACAACCUUUUUUAAAGUGUUUUCUUUACUUUAUUUUGUUUUAUAUGUUUGUUUUAGCUAGCAUACACACGUUUGAUAGUUUCAUUUGUCAUCCACAUCGAGUGAUUCAAUAGGGUGAAUCAUUUGAUUCACUUGAACUUUGAUUCUUGAUUCAUGUUGAACAAGGAUGAUUCAGUGCUCCUGAAUAUUGAUCUUGUAAGGUCUCAGGGGCACAAUUAAAAGAAAAUGUACACGCA